AUGAUGCACAAGGCGAGGGCCGGUCGCCCUGCCUGCAGCGGACAGGACGGCUGUGAAGCUCCAUCCUCACAGACACCUGCUUCCACUGUUUCCAUGCGGCAGAUGUACCGGUCUCUUCCUGCUUCGGCUCGGCCCCCACCUUCGCUCCUCUCCGCCUCGCCCAGCUCUCGAACGCUACACGCCUUCUUUUCCUCCUCGGCACAUGCCUCAGUCUCUGGGAGCUUUCUGCCGCCGCUUACCGUCUGCCUCUUCUUCUUUCUUCUUCUGUGUCUCUCUGCAGUGACUGAAAGCCCACUCGCUCCCGUCGGUGCUGCGCAGCGGAGGACGGUAAAUCCGGCCGGCGACGAGACCCCGUCGCCUUCCGCGUUGGAAAGCAGGGACAGGGAUUCGGCUUCGACAGGAAUCCCACAAGAGCGGGACGGGGUCGCUGCCAGCGUUUUCGACGUUGGAAACGCACUUCUUCCACAGCUGGAGGUCCGCCAUGAUUCGGACGUACCGACGGACCCUGAAGGCGCGACAGAGGGGGAGCUCGCAGAAAAAUGGACUUGGGCUGGGGAUGCAAAAGAGACGGGAGAUCGUGCGGCUUCUCCUCGACGAGAAGGAAGCGAUCUACGAGCAGGGCCGGCAAGAAUCUCCAGGCUUCCACGCGGAGAAGGCCGCGAUCGACCGGCGCGGCGCACAACGGCUCGGGUGCCGGCAGGCGGUAACCAUCUGAGACACACAAGAGGACGUGGCGGGCGCGACGGGAGCAGCUCGUUUUUCGAGAGUGAAACGGCGGAACAUCCGCGUGCCGAGGCCUCGUCGCAUCUUCCUCGUUCAGAGGAAGCUGGGAGCGAAGGUAGACGCGGGGAAGAGGACACCGAGUCUCCUCUGGGUUCUGCGAAGAGCUCUGCAGCCUACGCAGGUCCCGAAGCGAGAACGAGCGGCCGAGAGACAGCGGAGGAAACGCCGCGGCGCCUCCUUGACUCGCUGCCGUGGUCGCCACCUGCCCGCGAUCCGCUCCUCUCUUCUGCAUCUCCUUCCUCUCGUCCCUCUUCGUCUGCGUCGGGAUCUUCUGCAGGCCGGCCGGCGGGCGUGUCUUCUGGCUCUGAUUCGCGCACAUCCCUCCCCGGCAUGUCUGGUCGCGGUGACGCACAGGAUGGCGACGUGCAAGCCGAGGGGGCGCAAAAGUCUGUUGAGACAUCGCCUGUUUCCUCUCUGGCGGGCGGUUUCCUGCCCGACUCUGGGUCUCAAGCGCCGUCUGAGAAGCAGCAUGAUUCGCUUCGCUCAUUCUCUUCUCUCCCUGCCUCUACGUCGUUUAGCAGCGACCUGUUUGCUCCAAAAGCUCCUUCUCGGCCUCAGAGGGGUUCUUCGGCGCCAGGCGACCCGCCAGUCUUAGAGAUCCCGGCCUCCGUGCUUUUCGUCGUGGGCAUAAUUGUGAGCGUCCUCGGGACGAUUCUCUCGGCUCUCGGCGAUGUGUGCAUUCGAUUUUCUUUUGUUCGCCAGGCGGCGUCUGCCCCUGGGAGUUCUCCGCCCGUCUCGCGCGCGCUCUCGCCGGCGACGCCGGAGACCGGCGACGCUGAAGACGGCGAAUCAACGCGUCAUCCUGUGGGGCGUGGAGCGCCUAUGGAGGGGCUGGCGAUUCUGCCGCUUCCCCCAACUUCGGGUAUCCUGGCGGAGGCGAACUCGAGCCCCUCCCUCGCGGCCAGUCCUCGCCUUUCCUCCUCGUUGUCUUCCUCCUCGGCGUCGGCCAGCUGCCACAGGGGACGCGGCGCCGCCAGCGCGGACGCUCGCGGCAUUUUGGACGAGGCGCUCCUCCCUGCUGCAUCGUCCGGUGUACGUACACCCGCCGUGGAGGAAGGCGAAGAAAUGCUCCCGCCGCGCAGGGGGAGGCAGCUGUCGGAGGCGACGCGUCCCCCCACGUCCUCCUGGAGAGACGGAGAGGACCGAUUUCUCGCUUCGGCGUCGUCGUCAUUCAUCGAAUUCGGGGGGAGCGAGGACGGCGACGAACUGCGCAUCAGCGGGGAGGUGGAGGUCGCCGCGCCGUGCGAGUGCAGGUGGGAUUCUCUCUGGGCCUUCGGCGUCUUCUGCAGCUGCGUCGUCUCGCCUGUCCUCUCUGUCGUGUCUCUUUCGCUCCUGCCCGCCAACAUCACCGGCUUCGCAGCGCUCCAGAUCUUCUUCGUCGUCAUCCUCGCGCGGCUCAUGCUCGGCGAAGUCGUUCACAAAGUCAACUUGGCUGGCGGCGUGUUGGUCGUCGCGGGGCUGGUGACGCUGACGGCCUGCGCAGCGCCGGAGCCGCCUCUGCCGGACACCGCGACGCUCGCGCGCCAGCUCGUCUCGCCGGCGGCGAUUAUCUUCGAGAGCGUCUGCUCGGUAGUCGUGGUCGUCGGGCUGAGUCUACUGCUGCUGGUGCGGCCUGAGAAGGCCUCGCCCCCCCCAGCCCCAGCGCCGAGUCCUGAAGUUCUCGUCUUUUCGGAUCCGCCGGGCCUGCCCCCCGCAGAAGAGAAGCUCCGCGAGGCCCGCGCCGCGCUUGCCGAGAGCCCGCAGGGAGGUGCGCGGGCGGCGGAGGGCGGCGGAUUUGACAGGCUUGGCAGAGGAUGCCUCAGCUCAGCGGCGGAGUCGGUGGCGUCUGGACGCGAUCGUCCCGAGGGCUUGGCGGACCUCUGCGGCGAGGGGGGCGAGCCAGAGGGUUUCGGGGCUUCUGGCGGCUUGGCGGAGGCAGAAAGCAAAGCAGAGGGGUCCUUGGUUCACGCGGCGAUUCCUCUACUCCACCACAUGUUCCUACCUGCCACGGCGGGCGUCCUUGGCGCCGUUGCGAGCAUUUCAAUAAAAUUAAUUCAGGCCUUUUUUCUUUCCUUCUCGUCGGCCUGCCUCCCUCCGUCCAGCUCCGCCGCCGCGCUUCUCCAGGGCUCCGCGUCGUUGUCGCUGGAUCCUCUGCCCGCGACGUCGGUUUCGGUGGUCGCGUCUGUGUUUGACAUGCUCCUGUGUCUCGUGAACCCCGUGUUUCUGUUUCACCAUAUUCGCCUUCCUCUCCUGUUUGUUUUGACGGCUGCGGCAGCGCUGUUGGAGCUCCUUUUCCUGUCGCAGAUGCUGCGCUACUACCCCGCGUCGGAGAGCGUGCCUCUCAUGGAUGCGGUGCUCACUGUCUUCACUGGCUUGGGCGGCGUGAUCAUCUUCAACGAGCCCCCGAAGAAUCCCUGGGGCUGGGCGACUGGCCUCGCCUUCCUCGUCCUCGGUGUGGUCGUCCUCGGCUUCGGCGGGAAAAUAUGGAGCUGCAUGCGAAAGGCAGCCAAGGCGUGGCACCGUUUUUGGCUGGUCAGGCUCCGAAGGCCGCGCACUGCGGCGGCUGCGAGUGCAGGGCGGAGUGUGGAGCCCCACCGUGGGCCACUUGGCCCUGGGCUAGACGGGUUGGAACCUGGAGACCCGCGCACGAGGCGGGCCCGCGUCAGCGAAGAGAGCGAGGGCCUCGGGGGGCUCGGGCUUCUGUUUGGGUGGAUAGACGCCUCGUCGUGGAUCUCUGCAGCCGAGAGAAGGAGGGAAGCUGUGCAGCGAGAGGACAGACCAUGCGACGCCCCACUGGAGCAGGACGACGGAGGUGGCGGGGAGAAACGAGGCUUUUUCGCGCACCUCCUCGAGGGCCUGGCUAAACGCACGCACAGCCAACACAGCACAAGUGUACAGACACCGGAGAACUCUCUCGGGACAAGCCGGGAACACCAUGGAUUGUCAGAAUUCCAGGCUCUCACAGACGAGGAAGAAUCCCGCAGUGGGAGACGGAGAGACACAGUCGAGUGCAGGCGGCCCUCGAUGGAAAAUCCUCUUCUGCUACGCUCAGAGCAGGAACUUCGGCGCCUGUAG